AUGACUGACCUCAAUACCAAAGUCGACAUCAAGGAUGAGACAGUCACUCAAUACUUUGAGAACUCGGAGGACACGCAGGGUGAAGUCUUGGAAACAAGAUACGCCGGUGAGAACUCGAUAAAGAUGUUGAUCAACUGGCUAGAUGCUGAUAUCCCCANNGGUCUUGGACGAUGGGUCACUGUCAAGACCUUUUGGAAGGCCAUGCUUUUCUGCAUGGUUCUGAACUGGGCUGCCCUCAAUGAUGGCGUGAGUAGCCUCAUUAAAGCUCCGGACAUCGGUACUGACAUCCUUCGCAGUNUCCAGCAGCAAGUCCCUGGCAAUGUCAUUCCCAUGCAAGCAUUCAUCAAUCAGAUGCACGAUACUACGAUCGACGGCAAGCCAGCAGUCAGCGCCAAAACCGUCUCAUACUGGCAGGGAUUUGCAGAGAUGUCCAAGACUGUCGGCAUGUUUGCUGGAGGAUGGUUUGCCGAUCGCUUCGGCAGAAAUUGGCAAAGUUGGCUCGGUGCAGCAGUCCUAGUCCGUCUGGGCGUCGGACUUGCGCAAUCGAUUCUCAUCACAUACAUUUCCGAGAUUGCUCCCUUCCAGAUCCGUGGUUUCAUGAUCGGUGCUUACCAACUCUGCCUCGGAUUCGGACAGCUCAUUGCAGCUAUCGCGACUCAGCUGGUCGUCGAGCACCAGCCCAACAAGUGGAAGCCUCUGAUUGCUACCGAGUUUGCAUUCACUGCCGUAAGUACAUAUUCUGGUAGACUUGUUAGCCCAAGACAACAUGCUGAACACUCUUCCAGGNUACUCGUCAUCUUCAUCUGGUUUAUUCCCGAGUCUCACAUCUACCAUUCUCGCAAAGGCCAGCAUGAACAGGCCAAACGUUCGAUGCUCAAUCUCUAUGGCAAUAUUCCUGGAUACGAUGUGGAACACGAAUAUCGAGUCAUUCAACACGGUAUCGAAGCUGAAUUAGAGCUGGCUUCGGCUUCACGCAGCUCGUCCUUCUUUGAGAUCUUCAACAGCCAGAAUUGGCGUAGAACACUUGCUGGUUGUCUCGGUAUCUGUAGUCAGUGGGCUGCUGGCGCUCCUAUCGUCUUUUCCUAUUCGACANNUACUUCUUCAAAGUCGCUGGACUUGCAGACCCUUUUCUCGUCACAAUCAUCACGUUCGUUCCAGCCUGAGGCCACCGUCGAGUCCGGUGCUAACGGUAUUCAGAUNUCGUGCUUCUCAUCAUCUCGAUCUCUGCAUCGCUGGUUGCUUGCGAGCAUAUCGGACGUAGACCUCUGCUUGUUGGUGNGCUGUUUCAUGAUGUGUGUCUUCAACAUCUGUCUUGGCACGACCGCCUUCUUCAAGACCGUCGGAGCAGGAAAAGCAGCUCUCGGCUUCUUGUUGCUAUGGGUCAUCUGCUAUGGAGCUUCAGCUGGUCCCAUUGGCUUUGUCGCCGCUGGAGAAACCUCGACACCUCGUCUCAGAGCUCAGACGACUUCUUUCAAUCUGGGAUGCUAUGGUCUCGGCUUUCCCGAUGCUGCCAAUCUUGGUAUCAAGGCAGUGUAUGUAUGGGCCGGACUUCUUGUACCCUUUACCAUUCUCCUCUGGCUCUACUAUCCUGAGACUUACGGUCGUACCUACUGGGAGCUUGAUGAACUCUACGAGCGCAAGAUCCCUGCUUGGAAGUUCAAGAACACUCCGACCACUUCCGACCAGAGUGGAAACAAGAACGCGGCUCUGAUGUCGGAGCGGGCGAAGCAGGAGGCCAAGACGAUUGCCUGA